AUGAGCAGCGCCAUUUUCAAAGCUUCAACCAGCACUAAUCUUCAUUCCUCUCUCAGAGCCGCACUCUUCCAUUCAACCCCUCCCUUGCAACGUAAACGGCGUAAUUUUUGGGACUCCAGAGGCCACAACCAUAGCUCCAGAAGGUUUAGAAGGAUGCAAGCAAAACAUAGAGUAAUGAACAGUAUUAAUGAUUAUGCAGAAUCCCUGUUUCAGAGCUGGAAGCAGGGUAUUGAUACAGACAAGCUGCCAUCAAGUCAAGACACCUCACGGUUUGAUAAAAAACAAUAUUUUGAUGGGGGCUCUGGAAGGUACAGGAAUGGCAAGCAAGGAUCAAAUCAACGGUACAGAAGAGAUCCAUUGUUUUGUGAAGAUAAUUUUGAUGUUGAAACCAUUUUCCAUUCUGCCUUUGGUGGGAAUAGAUUCUUCUAUUGGUCCUUCAUCGAGGAGGAAAAUCCUCAGUGGAGGAGGUCUGAACGCUUUUCUAAUUUUGGGAAAUCUUGGAACUGGAGAUAUAGAAGCGAAAAUGAUUAUGACUCUUCAUCGGAGUCAGAUAGUUCUGCCUCAGAUUUAGCUCCCCAUAGAUUAGCCCUUGGAUUGAGUGCUUCUGGUCCUCUGAAACUUGAAGAUGUUAAAAACGCGUACCGGGCCUGUGCUCUAAAAUGGCAUCCAGAUCGUCAUCAAGGGUCUUGCAAGGCUAUAGCAGAAGAGAAGUUCAAGCUUUGCAGUGUAGCUUAUCAAUCUCUAUGUGAUAAGCUGGCAUUGGGUUGA